GUUCGCCUCUCACGUCUCCUCCUCAAACAAGCACUAGCAUCAGAAAACGGAAAAAAAUUUCCCGCCCCAAACCCCAAAUCACCAGCGAUGGACCCCGCGUCGGCGGGCUCCGGCGGCAACUCGCUGCCGUCGGUCGGCCCCGACGGGCAGAAGCGGCGCGUGUGCUACUUCUACGACCCGGAGGUGGGCAACUACUACUACGGGCAGGGCCACCCGAUGAAGCCGCACCGCAUCCGCAUGGCGCACACGCUGCUGGCGCGCUACGGCCUCCUCGACCAGAUGCAGGUGCUCCGCCCGCAGCCGGCGCGCGACCGCGACCUCUGCCGCUUCCACUCCGACGACUACAUCCACUUCCUCCGCUCCGUCACGCCCGAGACGCAGCAGGAUCAGAUCCGCGCGCUGAAGCGGUUCAACGUCGGCGAUGACUGCCCCGUCUUCGACGGGCUCUACAGCUACUGCCAGACCUACGCGGGCGCGUCGGUGGGCGGGGCCGUCAAGCUCAAUCACGGCCACGACAUCGCAAUCAACUGGUCGGGGGGCCUGCACCACGCGAAGAAGUGCGAGGCGUCCGGAUUCUGCUACGUCAACGACAUCGUGCUCGCCAUACUCGAGCUCCUCAAGCAUCACGAGAGAGUUCUAUAUGUUGAUAUUGAUAUCCACCAUGGUGAUGGAGUUGAGGAGGCUUUCUACACAACAGACAGGGUUAUGACAGUCUCAUUCCACAAGUAUGGGGAUUAUUUCCCAGGAACAGGGGAUAUCCGAGACAUUGGGCAUUCAAAGGGGGAUUAUUACGCAAUGAAUGUUCCGCUGGAUGAUGGGAUUGAUGAUGAAAGCUACCAGUCCCUGUUCAAGCCAAUCAUGAGCAAAGUUAUGGAGCUUUUCCGCCCUGGUGCAGUUGUGCUUCAAUGUGGUGCUGAUUCCUUGUCUGGGGAUAGGUUGGGCUGCUUCAAUCUCUCAAUCAGAGGCCAUGCAGAAUGUGUGAAGUACAUGAGGGCUUUCAACGUUCCAUUGUUGCUUCUCGGUGGUGGUGGAUAUACCAUAAGAAAUGUUGCACGCUGUUGGUGUUAUGAGACUGGAGUUGCGCUUGGUCAAGAGCUUGAAGACAAGAUGCCUGUCAAUGAGUACUACGAAUACUUCGGUCCAGAUUACACUCUUCAUGUUGCACCAAGUAACAUGGAGAACAAAAAUACACGACAGCAACUGGAUGAUAUAAGAAUCAAACUUCUGGAUAAUCUUUCAAAACUUCGACACGCUCCUAGUGUCCAGUUUCAAGAGCGAUCUCCUGACACAGAGUUACCUGAGUCUUGGAAGAGACUGUGGAAAACUUGGGUGCCAAGACGAUGCAAGUUCUUAUGGUUGGCAGUGCUUAACCGAUGUUGGACGGCCGAUUGUCUAGCUCGGAGAGGAAUGCCGCAUCCGGCAAGAUGCCCACUUUGUGAUCAAGAGGACGAAACCAUUCAACAUAUUCUCUGUUCUUGUGCUUUUGCAUGGGACUUGUGGUUCAGGCUCCUUAGCUAAGUCGGUCUCCAAUAGCUUGCACCAUCUGAUACAGAUGACGUUUUUGUGGACUAGUGGCGCCAAGCGCAUCGAAGGGUAGGAAAAGGAAGACGCAGAGGGCUCAACUCUCUCAUCAUCCUAGGCGCAUGGUGGCUGUGGAAGCACCGUAACAAUUGUGUGUUUGAGGGUGCCUCACCUCGUGUGGGAACGGUCCUGCAAGAGAUCUCAUAUGAGGCACGACUGUGGAUUAUGGUGGGGGCAAAGAGGUUGGGUGCCUUAUGGCAAGAUUAGGACGCAUGAUAGAGGCCUCAACUAUGGUUGUUUCUUUUGGAUUCUGUAGCAAACCAUUUGAGUAGCUUACCCUCUCCUACCCCUCUCUUUCUUGCUUCAAGGGGCUCCCCUUGAAGCUUCGUACUUGGUUCGGCUAUCUUCUAUCUUAAUAAAAAUGAUACGCAGCUCUUUUACGUAUUCGAGAAAAAAAAUUCUUUGAUUCUUCUCAUCCGUAUUGGUUUUGGAUGCACACUUUGUUCCAUAUACGGUUUAUUUGUAUACCAGGGACUGUGUUGUGGCUAAGAGUGUGAUUUUUGCUAUAAAGUGUUCUUUUAAUAUAUCUGAAGCCCAUUCUGAUGUUAUCAUCUCAAGCUCAGUACUAUGGUCCAUGGGCUCGCUGAACAAGUCAUAAUAUUAGGUUUGAUAAAAAAAUUAAUAUGCUUAAUUGAGCAUAGAUCUGUGAUGCCAAUUAUGAACAAAGGAUGGAUGAUUAAUAAUUUAUUUUGGUUAGUUUGACCCUUGAACUAUCUACAUGAAUAUUAUAACACUGUUCUGAAUCUGAUCCACAUCAAACGUUAAGCUACGCAGUUGGGCUACCAGAAAUGAAAAUUUUUAAGUGAUCCUUAGUUGUUGAAUGGGUCCUGGUCUUUCCUUGGAGGUGACAAGUCAAAAGCUGAUUGUAUUUUGGGUACAUGAAUG